AUGUGUGAUCAGUGUGUUACAAUUAAAUUAAAUUAUACAAAUUAUUCAAUUAUUCCAUUUAUUAUUCAUUAUAUAAAUGAUUAUUAUUAUCAUUAUUAUUUAAUUAAUUAUCAAAAAUUUUAUUUAAAAUCAUUUUUUCAAAAAAUUAUUCAUAGAAAAACCAUCACAUCAUCAUCAUCAUUGUCAUCAUCAUCAUCCUCCUUGUCAUCAACAUCGUCAUUAUCAUCAUUACUGUUAUUAUGGAAAUCAAAGAAUAUUUCUAAGAAACAAUGUUAUUUAAUAAAAAAUAAUAAAUUUAUCAAACAAAAAAAUGUUUAUUCAGUUUACAAUACUACUAAUAAAACGACGACUACUACUACUACUACUACUACUAUUACUAAUACUAAUACAAUUUAUAAUAAAUCAUUUAUAUGUUUAUGUAUUAUGAUGAUAUUUUGUGCUCAAAUGUCAAUUUCAUUGACAACAGGUAAAAAGAUAUCUGAUCGAUUUAUUGAUAGUAGUACCAGUAAUAAUAUUAAUAAUAAUAGUAGAUAUCGAGUUAUGAAUAUUGAAUUGUUACGUUAUAUGGGUGAAAAAACAUUACGAAGUGGUGGUGUAAUCACUCAAUUAUUUGAUGCAAUUGAAUUCUCUGUUGUACAUGAACGAUCUACCUCAUAUUUAAGGUUUAAGUUGUAACUAUAGAAUAUCAAUUGGAGGUUUUGUGAUUAUGACAAAUUUAUUAAAGGUCAUUAUGUAUAUAAAUAAGUGAAUAAGAGAAGUGCAAAAUGACCGACAUUUUAUAAGAAUAAAUGACAUUCAUAUUCAAUAAUAAAUGUACUUUCAGCGAGUACUUUAAGUGUUAUUUUUAGUUUAGAGAUUUUGUAAAAAUAUUUUUUUUAAUAAAAUGAUGUAAUUCAAUGUAUGUUUUGGAAUGUAUUAUUGAAAAAAAAACUAAUAAUAC